AUGCGUGAUCGUCUUGAAGGAGAGAAAGUCGACCACUUCCUAGAUUUCAUAAGUAGCCCUCACUACCUUCAGGAUGUAGCCUAUGGUACAAGGAAGAUAAAAAUGUCAUCUGGAGAAUGUUUGGAGAUACUUGACUUAGUGAGUACUGUUAUUAGUUCCAGAAUGGUCAAACUACAUCAGUUGUAUUGCAGUGAAGUUGGCUUUCAACCUCUUGGUAGAUCGACCCUAUUUUCUAUUCUUAAGGUAAAGAAAAAAAUAACUAGAGUAGUCUGAACUAUUAACUGUGAUUUUGGUCAGAAUUAACAAGAGUGUAAAAUAGCGGCUGCAAGUACUCUAGACUCUUUGGUUGGGAGAAGCAGGAUAAAAAGCCACGUUAUGUAGUGAAGUGUUACCAAAUGUUUUCUUUCACAGAUAUGUGCAGCUUCCCAGAAAAAGUCCCUUGCCGGCCUUGAUAACGUCACAGGCGAAGGUGCAUCAGCAUUUGAUACAUUGGAAAAGGUUGUAGAAACUAUGACAUCUCUAGGUACGCUAAACCUACAACCUGUAUGUUAGUAACCAACCCCACCGUCUAUUCUGCUUUUAUGCCCUAUUUAAUUUUUGAUCGCUUGUAGAUGACUUUGCUAGGUGAGAUUUAGAGUAUACGCCGAUUUAUUUGUACUGCUGUAGGUUCAUCUCUCCAGUGGGCUGAUAACGUUAGACAAAGGUUACCAGCAGCUAACGAUACUUAAAAGCUGAUUACAAACUUCAGGUGUUGGAGGAAAGUCCCUGUGCUGAUCACUGUAUACGAUUCGCCCUAUCAUCCGAUGAUGUCCAGUACAAAACGGCCUGUGACCACGAACACACUAUGCAGUGUGAUCGAUGUUUAGACUGUGCUAACGUCGCUCACGACAUCAUUUCUGGACUAGACAGUGGUGAUAUUUCGUUUAGGUAAAAAAUACAGUUGCAUACUAUUAGACAUAUGCCAAAUAUUUAUGACUUUAAGGAAAACGCGACCCGCGCUUUUUGUUGCAAACAUUAAGGUUGGCACCCUUGUCCCUAGCGUCUGUUACACGGGAAAAAAGAAACAACGACAUCAAGAACAAACAAACAAAAAAGUAGAAGUUUGUCGCUUACGGCAAGUGCCUUAACCUUUGUCUAAGGCUUUCUUCAUUGUACGAUAUAUUGUUAACAGCCAAUGCACAAGAGAAGUGAAAAAGCGCGAACAAUUACAUUGUAGUAUUCAUUCCCUUUCCAUUCUUUCCUGUACUCAUCUCGCUUGGUGAAAUCUCCAAAAGAGCAUUUUCUGUAAUGUUGUCAUUAUUUCAAAAUCAAUUUUUUUUUUCAGUUACCAGGAACAGAAAGAAGAGCUCAAAUAUGACAUCGAGAAAGCCACUGAAAGAAUUAUGGACUGGAAAUCGCACAUAGUGAGAGCUACCAACCAAGAAAAAGCCAAAAUAAACAUUCUUGAUAAUCUUACUGAGCGGCAGGUGCUAGUGGUGAUGGAUUGGGCCAUGAAAUGGCUCCCAAGAAGCUACAGAGAAACCCAGGCAGAAUGGUUUGGGAAAAAAGGAGUCAGUUGGCAUGUGUCGCCCUUCAUAACAAGACCUGAUAACGAGGAAGCGGAGUUUGACGUAAACAAAUUUGCUUUCUGAUUCUAAUUAUCUUUAAACUUCAAAGCACGUCACUUGAAUUGAUUCGUCAGAAAAAAAUCAGUUUCAUUUCUUACGAACAAGCCAUAAACGCACGUGUAAUGCAUUUUUUCUUUUCGUGCUAGCUGCUCUAUAGAGGCAUAGUUUUUGCGGAAGAUGAACUGAAAGAUAUAUAUUUUUUGCCCCAGUCCGUUGGAGUGCAUGUAAAACAUACAGACAUGUGCUCCGUAUGUGGACGGAAACGCAGAUCUAGUGAAGUGUUGUACGUGAGACAACGGGAAUCAGUGGCAGAUCUAGGGGGAGGCUGGGUCCCUGGGGAACUCGGGCAACCACCUUCUUCUUAGGUCAAACUGAGGCCGCAAGGCCGACAUGAUAUAUAUGUUCUGGAUAAGCAGAGACUCUCUGCUAAGUUGAAGGUGUGAAUCCGCUAGUGAAAAUACAGGUCCACUCAGGUUUAAGUUUGAACCGUGGGCGCAUGUUUCCCCCACCCAGGCUUAUAAAUAUACCGCUGGUUACAUGUAACUUUUCAUGGAUUAGCACCCCGUUUAGAGGAGAGAGAGAGAGAGAGAAUUUACGUCAUUUCACUCGGAAAUAUGACAAGAUCGGGGUUCCUGGGUCUUCUUGUUUUUUUUUUCUGAGUUGUCGUUACUCGAGGUGAGCCGGGAGAGCAAUGAAGGCGUUUGUAAUCGAUAGGCUACAGUUAGCGUUACAUUAAAGAUUUUCAAUGCUCAUUUUGUUGCAAUCUUUUUGUAUUUUUUUCUUUACAAAGGUUCGGACUUUUGUUCACAUUCUUGAUAAAGGCAACCAAGAUUGGUUUGCAGUCUUAUCAAUUCUGGAAGACCUUGUUCAGCAGCUUAAGCGGUUGUCCCCACUUCUGAAAGAACUAUUUUUACGAAGUGACAACGCUGGCUGCUACCACAACGCUGCGUUACUUAUCAGUGCGCCAACCAUUACAAGAACAGGGGGAUUGGCGCUUAAGAAUUACAGCUUCAGUGAGGCGAACAGCGGGAAAGAUGUCUGCGACAGAAAGAUCGCACCCCUCAAAGCACACAUCGGAAGAUAUCUUAAUGAAGGUGAUAAAUAGCUUCAGCGCUAUUAAAAAUUAAUAAGAGGCUGUAAAAAUAGUAAAGUUAUUUGCAUUUCCGAAGACCACAAAAAGUCCGACGAGCAACAAAAAACGUUUUGCGUUUUAAUUGGCCCGCCAACGGUUCACAGCACCCUUCUUUUCACAGUUUUUACGGAUAAUUCUGUCUUGUUUUAGGUCACGAUGUUAUAACAGCGCGUCAAUUAAAGGAAGCUAUUGACUCCUAUGGGGGAAUAAAGGGCUGUCGAGCAUCAGUGAUUGAAUUAAACACAAGAAAGCAAACAACUAACGCGCCCAAGUUAAGUGGUAUUAGCCAGUUAAACAACUUCGAAUAUACUGAAGAUGGUGGAAUGACUGUCUCGAAGGCGUUUAAAGUUGGAGAAGGUAGGAAAAUGUCCAAACAAGAGCUUGCUAAGGUGGGCCAGCCACAGAGUGAGACAGGGGUGAAAGUAAUGUUGCCUUUUUGUGAUCCAGUUAACGCUACCGAGUUGUUAAAGAAAGCUUCGACGCGACCCCCUGGUGACCAAACCAAACAGACCGUCGUUUCUACUACAAAUGACGAGGGCCUUCCUUGGUUCACUUGCCCCGAACAGGGCUGUAUCAAGACGUUCAGAACAAAUCAAACCCUUCAGAGACACUUGGACUUUCGCCGCCAUGAGAUUAAACUCCACGAAGAGUCACAAUAUGACCAGAUCAGACACAAAUGGGCUGAGCAUUGCUUAAGUUUGAAACCACAAAAUCCUUCCUGUGCCUUAACGGCCAGUUCGUCCUUUGGAGUAACGGAAGAAAAUGUUUUGUCUAUGGGGUGGGCACAGACUAAAUCAAAGCGAAGAAGCAGGUUUUCUGUUAAAGUUAAGAACUAUCUGCUCGAGCAGUUCAUGAUUGGUGAAGAAACUGGUCGGAAAGUCACCCCUGCCGAAGCUUCAGCACGAAUGCUCACAGUACGUACCGAGGAGGGAGCUCGGAUAUUUGGCAAAGACGAGUGGCUCGCUCCGCAACAAGUUAAUAGCUAUUUUUCGAGGUUGGCUGCAAUGAAAAAAAUCGAUCAGCAACUAGCAGCAUUGGUUAGUCUCGAAGCAGAAGAUGCUGAGGCAAUAGUCGAGCGUUCAAAAAGAUAUCACCUGCGCAGAAGGGUUCUCGACCAGCUGACGCUCUAA